AUGUCUCUGAUUCCUGUUUUUGCAAAGAUUAUGGAGUCUUUCCAACUUUCAGCCUAUUUUGAGGAGAAUUCACUCUUUACGGAGGAUCAGUUUGGUUUUCACCGUGGGAGAGCGACAACUGACGCUGUUCAACGCCUGGUGGAAUCCAUACUUGAGGCAAUGGAGAAGAAGCACUCAACUGCCAUGAUCCUCUGUGACUUCACCAAGGCUUUCGAUUGCGUAUCUCAUGAGAUUUUGCUGGGGAAGCUCAUGAGAUAUGGUGUUGGAGGAGUGGCCAUGAGAACGAUGGAGGAGUACCUCUCACGGCGUAGGCAGGUUCUAACGGUUGAUGGUGUCAGAUCCCAAGAGCUCCAGGUCAAGUAUGGAGUGCUGUAG